CAAUAUUGUCUUUUCUUCUCCAUCCAGACGGCUGCUACUCCGCGCUCAACGCUCUUAACUGAGAUGUCAGCUCAGUCGAGUUGGGAUGCGUUGCUGGCUGAAGCAAUUCAGAAGGCUCCUGAUCCGCAUGAGCCUCUUCCAUAUCUCAACCGUCCAGCUACUAUAUACGGGUGGACAAUUUCAUUCCUAGUUGUGACCUGGUUCGCAUUCUCCUUUCGACUGUGGGUGCGAAUCAGAGUUGUACGAGAACCAGGCUGGGACGACGUACUCGUCGCUGUGGCAGCGAUCCUCAACACAGUAGCUUCAAUUUCUGUCUGUAUCUCUAUCCAUUAUGGCCUCGGUCAACACAUGUUGUACCUUGGUGAGAAGAAGCUGGGAGCUUACUUCAUCUCAUUUUACAUCGAGCACAGCAUUUACCUUACCGAGACCGCCAUCAUCAAAGUGUCACUCCUGCUACAAUAUCUCCGCAUCUUCAAAGCUGGCCGGAUGAGAUGGCUUUGCUUGGCCCUUUUGGUCGUGAUCAGCCUCUGGGGAUUGGCCUUCAGUAUCCUGGGAUGGUUCCCCUGCGCUCCCGUCCGUGCGUACUGGAAUCGUACCGGCAACUUCGUGUGCUAUGGCUAUGGCUUCCGUGAUCGCGAAAGCUUCGCUGCUUUGUUUCAGGCCCACAGUGCCUCAAACUUGUUCUUCGAUAUCGCAGUUUUUGCCACACCCCUGGUCCUGUUCCGUACACCAAACUUAAAGUUCAAGAACCUACUGGCUCUAGGUGGCGUAUUUGCAGUUGGGACAUUUGUCAUUCUGAUAUCAGUAUGGCGCUUGAAAUCGAUCGUGCAACACCGUGCUGCUCUGGUGCCUUACCCUGACUUCACCUGGUGGACACCAGUCAGCAUCAUCCUAGCCUGCCUCGAAAUUGACCUGGCUAUUAUAUGCGCAUCAAUACCCAUCUUCUGGCCCGUUCUCCAGAAGUCGUUCUCUGCAAUCUUCGUCAGCCACGAGAUUGAAGUUGUAGAGACCCGGAUCAAGGACCACGGCUUAGCAUACGAACUAGAGCAUACGCAGACCAGAGGCCACCACAGCAUGACGAGCGGUAGUGGCACCUCGACACACGAGUUGACGCAUGAUCCGGAAGAUGGUUACAAGGAACCGUAUUCUGUCGGUGUUGACCCUCUUGGUGAGGAAGCACAAAGUGGACAGGGCUUGCAAACCAACAUCAACAGCGAGCCUAAGAGGAAGUGGGACAUGUAGGGAAUUUAUUAUUGCAAGAUGUCAUUAUACGCAAAAGUGAAACCUGCC